GUGAACAGAUACAGAUGACCUACUUUUAUCUGCAGCUAUAUAAGGCUUCUGAAUGAAAAACAUCUCGCUACUUCUGGGUAAAUUCAAUUCAGCCAUAUUUCUGGAAGCCACUGGCGGAAGUAUAAAAAGUUUGAGAGUUCUUGUUUACUCAUACUUCACAGAUGAAUCAGGAUCAGGAGCUAUGGGAGCUCGAGGACUGGUACCCUCCUCUAUGUCCACCGGAGACCCUCAAGGAGGACCUACUUCGAGAUGUAGACUUCACUCAAGUGGACAAGGACGCUCGGGCGAAACUCGAUUCGCCAAAAGACAGUUUCGACAAACUUGUCCAGCACCUCACAAGUCAUUUGAGCUCCGAUCUACACAAGUUAAGAACAAUUUUUGUGUGGUUGGGUGCUCAGAACAUAGGAUGUCGACAAGAGACAGGAAGCUGCGAAGACAACAACAGUCCAGAGUAUUACCUACAGGAGGCAUCAACAGAUUAUAGUUUAAUCGAUAAAAUGUUCACUAAGAUGUGCAGAGCUGCAAGAAUCCCAUGUGUUCUUGUAAACGGCAAGGCAAAAGGUACAAACUACGAGCCAGGUGAUGUUGAUAUAAAAGGACAAAAUAUCUGGGCAGUUGUUUACGUGGCAAACAGCUGGCGGUUCGUGUUUCCUUUCUGGGCCUUUGUAGUAUUAAAUGAUUACCAAAAGGAAAAUUUUGUGCUGGUUGAGGAUUCUGGAACGUCAAUAAAAACAAGUCUCACAGCAAAUGUCGGUAGCACACAGCACAGAUUUAACGAAUUUUUUUUCCUGACGGACCCCGAGGAGAUGAUUUACAUCUGUCACCCAUAUGACGAAGAAAAGCAAUUGCUGACUGAACCAUGGACACAAGAGAAGUUCGUAGAGUCGCCUUACUUAUGUGAACAGUAUUUUUCGUCUGGAUGGAAGCUGACCAUCCCGUUCCACUGCGUGAUCAAGUCCACAUCUGGACUGUGUUUAAUCGACAUGUUUAGUCAGGGAGGUGGUUAUAAACUGACGUACGAGUUGCUUUUCGACGAAGGUCGUUCAGGAAGAAAAUUUCCACAGGAGAUACAAACAGAACUCUACGUAACUAUAAUAAAGCGGACUCAGCGGACGGACUCAUUUUUGGUCAGACUUCCAGUAGCAGGAACAUACAAAUUUAUAGUAUGGGGAGCUCAUGGAGAUGAAACCUAUAGCCUAGUCGAAUUUCAGAUCGUCUAUGAUAAUUCAGCUCCAGACACACAGCCCUUACCGUCCCACCCAACAAACGGGUUUGGCUUUGGUGAAGCAGCUGCUGAAGCUGGGUUGUCGGAGCCUUCCCACACGGAAGGGGUUGUGCCGGUCAAAAGUGGUGACGAGGUCUGUAUGCGCUUCAAGGUUAAAGAUUAUGUGGACAUUUUGGCCAGACUGAUCCACUCCAUUCGGACACCGGAAGAGCUUCGGGACAACGUCAUCGUGGGGCGAGAAGACGAUAAAGUAACGGUCACGGCGAGACUCCCAGCAGACGACCAGACACCGGAAUAUUCUCUUGAAGUCGAUACCAUAAAAAACAUAAAAGAUAAUGAUCAAUCUACAAACAAUUUGUUUAAUUUUCCUGUUCUGAACUACUUGCUGACAAGCGAUGAAACACUGAAUGCAGUAAUCAGGGACGAAGACACAAAGAAAAUAUUACAGUUCUAUGAAGAUGCAUGGGUCUCUGUUGGCAAGGAUGAUGCAGUAAUGCUAGAGAAAGUUGCCUCCAGGGACGAGAGGGCUGAUAUUAAAGACCCGAUGUUAGACAAAAGAAUACGAUCCAAGGAAACGUGCUACAAACGUAUGAUAGAGGAAUUGCGUGUUUCUGCACAAAAAGGAGACUUCAUUGAGCUGAAUCGGAGCAUCAGAAACUCCAUGGUUGCAAACCUUCAGAACAAAGGAGAAAUUGAGAACGCCAAGAAAUUUCUAGUGGCAUUGUGUCAGAAGGAAAUGGAGAAGGCCGUUAAAAGUAAUAACUUGGAGGAACUCCGUGAAUGCUUCAAUAAAAUAGACAACACCUGUGUCAGUAAAAUGGCUCAGGACCAGGCUUGGUUCGAGGAAGGCCAGGAAAAAAUGAAAAAGAUGGUGCAGUCCCUCAGGAAAAAAGACGAGGCGACUGAGGGAAGACCUCCAGACCACGUCUGUGACGUCAUCGUUGCAGCCUUUAUUCUGAUUGGAGAAAACGAGGAGGAACUUGACACGUGGCAGAAGGUCAAUGCAAAACUGAAAGAAACAAACGAAGAACAACUGAUAAAUAAUGUAAACAGUCUGGACAACUCUUCGCUUACUCCAGAGCUGGUGGAUCUGGCAGAACAGAAGCUGGAACGAGCUGUCGGGACGUUUGCCGAGUACAGGUCAAUAGAAACACUCAAGAAACAAUGCAUGGAGAAGAUCACCUUUUACCGAACUAAAGGAAGUCUCAAAAGGAGAAACUAACUCCGUGCAGAAUGAAGAACAUCAACGAUGUAGACAGAGGCUGUGACUUGUCUCCCCUACUCAUGACCAAGUGAUAAAUGCUUUGGUAAGAGACUGACCCUUAAUCAAUUUUUCAGGAAGGAUUUUACAACUUCUUUCAGUGACUCUAUCUCUUACUGACAUUUCGUUUUGUUUAUCAACUCAAGCCUACAAAAAGUUUUUUUUUUUAGUUUUUAUACUGACUAUGGCGCCAGCUUUGACCGUUUAAAGCGAUUUGUUCAUGAGAUGAAAAAAGCUAACAUUUGUGCUGAUUAUAUUAUAUUUCUUUUGUGUCACCAUUUAGACAAAUUAAAAUUGAUCCACAUUAUUCAAAUUUAAGUAAUUGUUGUUCUAAGAACUAGUUCACUGUCUCUUUUCCUAAUAUUUUUUUUUUUGGUUUCUUUAGAUUAUCAGUAUAUUAUCAAUCUGUACCUAUGUUUUACUUCUUAUCUCCUUGCCUCUGGGUAUUUAUCACAGAACAGGCUAAAGCUUCGCAGUUUUUUCAUUCGAGAAUAAUAUUAGUGGUGUAAUUGUUUGGAAGAAUUUUACAACUUAUUUAGGUGACUUUAUCUCUUACCAACACUCGAUUUUGUUUAUUAGCGAGCCUGAAAGAUCUUUGUCUUUUGUCUUUAAUAUAAACUAUUACUCCACUUUGGACGUUUUACAGGUUUUAUUCAUGAAAAAAAUUUACAUGUCUGCUUAUUCUAUUCUAUUCUAUUCGUAUUACCAUUUAGACAAGUUAAAAUUCCUUGAUCCACAUAAUUAAAAUGUAUGUAAUCGCUGCAUGUUUUAGGAACCAGUGUACUUUCUGUUUUUCCGCUGUUUCUUUGGUUUAACAUCAUUGCUAGAUUAUCAGUGUAUUAUCAAUGUGUACCUAAUUUUUUUUUUUUCUUGUUGCCUCUAAGUGUUUAUAGCAGCACAGGUUGAGUAAGAGUGGUCCGUUUACUGUGACUAUGUUUGAUUCGAAAAAAGAUGUCAGUGUUGUUGUUUGUCAACUUGCUGUAUUUUGACCUUACAGAGAAUGUUUUACAAUGGCCAGACGGUUUUUAGGUUAAAUCUUGUUUCAUUAGCCGAGGUAAAGUGAUAGAUUGUGAUGUUAUUUACUGGUAGAUUUACUUCAUCUUGUAAAUUUCGUGUAGAAAUUGUUUUAAAUAGUGCUAUGCUAUGUUAUCGGAGUAAUAGUAUCGGAGUUAUAUUAAGGUAAUAAUAAUCGAAUGUCUUUGUUAAGAAAUUAAUGUAAACUAUUGUAUAAAUUUCCAUAUCUUUUUUUUUUGCUGGUUUGACAUUGUCAGAAGACUAACAAAAACUUGCACUAGGUAAAAAGUAGCACUCAAUACACCUCUCGACUUGUAUUCACACACUGGCACUGAGUGACAUCCAUGGUCAAGAAGAACGAUCUCCUUCCCUGUACAUGGCGAAAAGCUGCUUUUGCUUCCAUCUCUAGCUCUUGUUGGUUUCAUAGGUUGAUCUUUGAUUGAGACUUUCAAUAUUUACAAUUAAUUGUUGACUGGUGCACUGCUUUAAUCACAAGCCACUACGAUGUUUUGUAUAACAAGCAAACCUUUGUGCAUAAGGCUUUAUAAUGAUAUAAAAUAUCACGUACCAUUAAAACUCUAUGUCAAUUGUAUUAUUUUCAUGCCACUAUUACAGAAAAUUCGGACUUCUGCGAAUUUUUUUCGCCUAAAAUGUCUUAAUAUUUUUCCUCAAAUUAACAAUGUACUUCUUUAUUAUUUUAAAGUAUUGUUUGUAUAGGACUGUGUACAUUGUAAUAAUUACUGUAUUCAAGGCUGUUUUGUAGCUAGAACGAUUCGCCUUCGCCUUACUGUGUAAACUGAGAUAAAUGUUACUGUGAAUUUAUUAUGUCUUAUUAUUAUGUAUUUAAAUAUCUAAACCUUGAUUUCCUUAUCCGAGAAACUGUAUCUGUUGUUAUUCUGGAGUUCAAAUAACAUCGGAUUAUUAAUCCACGAUACAUGUACCCAUAUUAUGCAUUAGGAAUUAUAUUUUUCAAUUGUU